GCCGGAGUGAGCUGUCUGUGAGUGUGUGUGGGGCAUCGGAGAGUGCCAGCCACCACUCUCCUUCCUUCCUCCUCUUACCUCUAACUCUCUUACUCUCACAGCUCACUUUUCCGCCCGUGGACCCCCCGACUCCUUCCUUCCUCCCCUAUUAUCGACAGGUAAAGUGUGAUGAUAUGGUGGUGAUAAGUGACGCUGAACACCUCCCUAAUCUUAAAAUGCGGUGGUGAGGUGUUGACUUGUGGUGUGUGGGCGCGGUCCGCAGAAUGUCCGCUAACGGGCCGCAGUUCCCGGGUCUCGCGGGCUUGGUGUCCGGGGUGGUGCCGCCCCUCACGCCUGCCGCCCACAAGGGUCAGGCGGGACGCAUCGGCAUCAUGGGCGGUUCGCUGGAGUACACAGGCGCGCCUUUCUACUGUGCCAUGGCGGCCCUGCGCAUCGGUGCCGACCUGGCCCACGUGUUCUGCCACCGGGACGCCGCUAUUCCCCUCAAGACGUAUUCGCCGGAGCUGAUCGUGCACCCGCUGCUGGAUGCCACCGAUCCCCUCACGGAGUUGGAGGAGUGGCUGCCGCGCCUGCAUGCCCUCGUGCUGGGCCCCGGCCUCGGCCGACGCCCGCAGACCUUCGCCACGCUGGGCCACGUGCUCGAGGCCGCCAAGGACCGCCAACUGCUGCUUGUGCUGGACGCCGACGCGCUCUUCUACCUCAACGAGAACUACGACACUAUUCAGGGCUACUCCAACGCCCUGCUGACGCCCAACAAGGUGGAGUUCGCCCGGCUGUACCGUGCCGUGAUGAAGGCUGACAUGCGGGCGGAGGGCGUGACCGCAGAGCACGUGCAGCAGGUGGCGAAACGGCUGGGCGUCACCAUCGCGUGCAAGGGCGCCGUUGACGUCAUCGCCAGCGGGGACAGCAUAGUGCACUGCGAAGUGGCAGGCUCCCCGCGUCGCUGCGGCGGCCAGGGCGACGUGCUGAGCGGCGCCGCGGCCAUCCUCCUCUACUGGGCCUAUGGCACCGCAGCAGCCACGCGGGAGCCGCCCCUGUACCCGCCCACCGUGCUGGCGGGCUGGGGGGCGUGUGCCCUCACCCGCCGCGCCGCCAACCUUGCCUACACCCAGCGGGGGCGCGGCACCCUCACCACGGACAUGCUGCCCUUCGUGCCCAAGGCCUUCUCCUCGCUCUUUGAGCCAAAGACCAAGUGAUGCCCCACCCCUCACUCCCACAGCUUCGUCUCUUCCCCAUCCACCCCCCCCAUUACCAAGACGACAGUCACCCCAACCCUUUCCUUCUGGGGUCUGAUAGACUCCAUCUCACUCUGGGUUAGUGACCAUGACUGCUCUGUGACAGUCUCAUUCAGGCGUAAGGUAAAGUAAGAAUAAGGCAGUGCCAGUAAUGCAACUUACACUCCCUUUUGUAACGUUCUCCGGAGUGUUGGCUCCCCUACAUGUGUUCCGAGGUGAUGCAUGUGGUGUUAUCCUGUUUGUACCCUUCUUCACUGCCUGGGCCCGGCACCGGACGCCUUGGCCAGCAGUGUCAUAUUGUUACUUUCAUGCCCUUCAUACAUGGCAAUUUUGUAUUCCUGUUUUCAUUAAUUGUGGGUAAACCUUCCUUACACCCUGUCUGAAUGUUUUGUACAUGGUAGAGGAAUGCAAAGUUCUGUAAGCACACACACACACAUAUGAUGAAUUGAUGUCAAAAGACGGGACAAAACGAGCUUGACUCAAUCCUGUGAAAAUACAAUUAGGUAAGAACACACACACAUCAGUCACUGUCAUGCAGCUUCUCCCUUAAGCCUCUCUCCAGGGUAGUGCAAACUUACGUGUACCUUUUUUUUACAUCUGAGUAUUUUCAUGAUUUAGGUAAUAUUUUCCAUCAAGUCAAGAAAAGUAUCCUCAGCCAAUUAGUAACAGGUGCAGGGAUGGGGCGGGGGGGCUUAAGGGAUAAAUUGUUUGGUGAAUAUAGUACACUGAACAAGACUGAAAAUCGUGUACAGUAUAAGCACUCCGCAACCCGAGGCCUUGACGCCGACUCCAAUAACAGUGUAUACAUGUGUAGGAUUUUGUGUAUGCUGUCAUUUUCAUGUGGACUUUUUUUUUUAUAUAUAUAUUUAAGUAUGCCAAUUCCAACUCUUAUCAGUAAUAUCAAAAGUAGCCGUCGACCAAGCACUUCAAGGACUAUAAACUACUUAAAGAAAAGUAGAAAAGAAAUACAGAAUCACUGUGAGAUAAAAAUACCACAUUAGAUGAUACAAAAGCUACAAUCAUCAACUAUGUUUAUUUUACCAAUAUAAAGAAUGUAUACAUCUCAUUUACUCGCACCUACAAUAUACUAUAUAUCCAUCGGGAAAAAUAGCUAUUAUACAUUUUUCUUAAAUAAACAAUUCUUUUGGUCUUCA